GGAUGGCACCGGUUCAUGGUAUAAAGCUAUGCUUCGCUUUCUCUCGGACUUUUUUGUUUCUUUCUCCCAACAACUCGAAAUACGGUAUUGUUUACUCGCAGUCCGUCAACACGCGAUCGUCUCUCGAUACCGGGAUUAUUGGACCCCAGUCUCCCCCCGAAGUAUAGAUGGCGAUAUCGAUGUCGUCCAACCCCCUCCGAAACCACUCGCACGUUUACACGAUUGCUUUAUCGCAGCCCAUCCACAGACCUAGUAAUAAUUCUAAAUCAAAUUAUAAUUAUUAUUGAAGACAUCCGUUUCAACAUGGCUAUCGAAUUGCUUCCGAUCACCACUGCUGAAAUCCCCGCCGCCGUAGCGUGCAUCCAGAGGGCCUUUGCUGACGAUCCGUAUUUCCAAUGGAUUUUCAAUAUGUCCAAGUUAAACAUCCACCGCAACGCAGCCUCUCUCUCCGCCCACCUCCGCUACGGCAUCAACUGCAAAGCCCCCAUCUACGUCGCCAAAUACACCCCCGACCCAGACCAAAAGAUCCCAAUCCCCAUCCUCACGCCCAAAAUCGUAGGCGUCUGCUGGUGGUUCCCGCCCCACCCACCUACCAAACCCGAGAGCUGGACCGAAUGGACGCAGGAAUGGAUACUCUCUUUCCGCCAGUUCCUGUUUAACGUCCGCUACUUUGGUCGCGGGGGUUUGAAUCUGCGUCGGUAUUAUAUUUGGAAGGAUGUGCAGAGGGAGACGCAUGAUGAGGUGUGGGUUGAUCCGCGGGGGUAUUACUUUUGUAAUGUGAUUGCAGUCGAUUCGGAGAUGAGGGGGAUGGGUGUUGGACGGAUGUUGGUGGAUGUUGUUACGGAGAGGGCGGAUCGGGAGGGGAUUCCGUGUUAUUUGGAGAGUUCAAAGGGGAUGCCUAACUUGAGGAUAUACGAGAAGCUUGGGUUUGACUUGGUCAAGGAGAUUGAGUGUGUUGAUGAGCGGGAUGCGUGCAAGUUGUAUUGCAUGACAAGACAGCCAACACUCAAAGUUUAG